GAGCAUUUAACGCGCCAUAAAAUCCCCAUCCCUGCUCUCAACGUCACCAUCAACCUCGCAGCCCUCCGCCAUGUCUCUCCCGCAGCCUGUACCCCCCUCCUGGAAGGACCUCGGCAAGUCGUCCAACGAUCUGCUCGGCAAGGACUUUCCCAUUAGCGGAGUCGCGCUCGAGGUCAAGACGAACACGCCCUCGAAUGUCACGUUCAAGGUUGCUGGUGUGCGCGACACCAAGAGCGCGCUGAUCACGGGCGAUAUCGAGGCCAAGUUCGUUGAGAAGAAGCACGGUCUCGUCUUCACCCAGGGGUGGACUACCGCCAACGUCCUCCGUACCCAGGUCGAGCUCGAGAACCAGAUUGCCAAGGGUCUCAAGCUUGAGCUCAACACCGCGCUCACGCCCGACACCGGCUCGAAGAGCGCGAUAUUUAACACCACCUACAAGCAGCCCGGUCUCCACUCCCGCGCUUUCCUUGACCUGUUCAAGGGUCCGACCUUCACCGCUGACACCGUCGUCGGUCGGGACGGCUUCCUCCUCGGUGCGGAGGCAUCGUAUAACGUGACGGAGGGCAAGGUCACCCGCUACGCCACCGCCAUUGGCUACAGCGCGCCGGAAUACGCCGUUACCAUUCACGGUCUCGGCAACCUCAGCACGUUCGCCGCGAGCUACUACCACCGCGUAAGCCCUGACGUCGAGGCGGGCGCUAAGGCUGUCUACGACACCAAGGCGACCACCGCGGGUGUGAGCCUCGAGGUUGGUGCAAAGGCGUACCUCGACUCGGCCGCGUUCGUCAAGGCGAAAAUCAACAACUCCGGCAUCCUCGCUCUUGGGUACACGCAGGCGCUCCGCCCUGGUGUCAAGGCCUCCUUUGGCCUUGCUCUCGACACGCAACGACUGAACGAAGUGUCCCCCACUGGGCCCGCCCACAAGGUCGGCGCCAGCUUCACUUUCGAGGGUUAAGGAUCUCCUUAGUAGGGGGUCUGUAUUACUGCACGUAGGAUAUCAUUGUGAACUUAUUCUCCCAAAGCAAAACGCGUCUUGUACCACAAUAGUCUGACCAGACAUAGAAACGCAAGAUAGGAGAUUCCCGGAACUAGAGAAAACGCGCUCACGUGACUGGCGCGACGACUUGUUCUGUGUGGCUACGAACCUCAGGAAAAGCUGACUUGGGUGGAGUUGGCGCAGCAGCGCUGGUUCCAAAUAACAGACGACGUACUACAGGUCGUUCGAUAUGUGAGAAGUUAUGAAAGUUGUGAGUAAUUACGGAAAUCACACAACGCCCUGGAAUCGUUGGUCGAUUUCUUGCCUG